CCACAAACUAAAUAGCAGGCUGUAAACAUGGCUGCCAAAGACACUCUAACAGAGGCUGUGCAAGUUGAAUUUAGUAAUGAAUUACUAAGUCCACCAGAGCUGCUCCAUGCGCGGUCUCGAAAUCAUAAGAUUCCUGUAAAGGGCCAGAAAGACUUCUUGCUCAGCGGAUCUGAGCAGCAGAGGGCGGCCCUGCAGAAGAGCUUGGAUGAGCACUGGACACUCGUGGCGGAGGAACGAGUGGAGAGACUUGGAAACCUUGUAAAUGCAGAAUGGAUUCCAGAGGAAAAGCUAGUGAAGCUGCAGACACCAGCAGGGAAGUUUUGGCAGACCAUGGGCUUUUCAGAUCGUGGCAAGCAGUGCUUGCUUCCAGAGGAGGCUCUUUACCUCAUGGAAUGUGGCAGUGUUCAGGUGUUCUACCAGGACCUUCCACUAUCCAUCCAGGAAGGUUAUGAACAGUUUCUUUCUCCUGAAACAGUGACUCUCCAUCAGUAUCAAGUGUUUGGUCAUUUAAAGAGACUGGGAUAUGUGGUAAACAGAUUUGAUCCUAGUACAGUGCCAACCCUCUAUGAACGACAGCUGAAUCUUCCUCUGCCCCGUAAUAAACAGACUAAACAUCUGAAGAGGAAACAUGGCAACAGCCCUCUAGGCUCUAGGUUAUUUAAUAAAAGCCACUGUGACAAACGAAGUACUCUGCCUGUGGAGGAGACAAAGCCUGCACAACAGUGUGAAGGAGAAAUUAUGACCGUUGAUCCACGCCUAGACCAGACAGCCCCUGACCAGGCGAAAACAGAGCAGAAUCCCCAGGAUGAGCUGAUGGAGUUUAACACAGAUUUGGACAGAGCUCCAAGGAGAAACUGGUGGACAGAUACAUCAAGCCAGGUCCAACAUACUUUAGGCCAACAUACGUCAGCUCGGCCAUGGGACUUCAGCUGCAUCCGUUUCCCUGACCUGGGCUCGUCCAGGGCUGGCCAUGCCUGCCUGGCAGCCCCUGACCCCAAGCUACUCCCAGGGGCUCUGCAGGUGGGAGAGUGUGAGGUGACUCCCUGGCUGAGGAAACUGAAUUUGAAAGCAGAGAGGCUCUCCCGGCGGGAAUGGGAGCGGCAGAGGGAGCGGGACAGAUACCAUCGGGACAUUAACAAUGACAGAGAGGUACGACGCUGCAGGAACUGGGCUGAAUAUUUAGAGCUGAUGGAGAAGAGGAGGAGCCACCAGUUCAAGAAAAGACCCGCCCACCUCUGGGAACAGGACGUUAUACCCCUCGCUCAGCCUGGACAGUGUGAUUCACACCGUGAUCUGCUGGAGCAAGUCAGUGUGAUUCAGUCUUCUGAUUUGCUGCAUGGGGCCUCCAGGUUACCUCCCUCAGAGCAGUGGAGGAUUUGUUUCAAUGUUUACCAGCCUGACACAGUAGCUGACUUUAAGAAGAGUCACCCUGGAAAGCCCUAUACACGCAUGUGUGUUUGCAGUUUUGAUGGUCCAGUGCCCGACCUGCUUGUCAUGAAGCAGUUGUCCUUCCAGAGUGGGGAUGUUCCAGUCACAUUUGCAGUGGUGGACCAUGGAGAUAUCUCUUUCUACUGCUUCAAGGAGUUCAAGCUGCCCACUGAUAUCUACUGAAGGAUCUUGCCCACCAUUUAGGUUACAUACUGUCUGCACAGCAGAAAAGGACCUUGAAUUGCUAUCAUUGGAACUUUUAACUAAUUAAAAACAGUUUCUCAGGGAAUUCCUUUAAUAUGGAUUGAACUGAAUCAUUGGAAAUCAUUUGUAGUGCUACAAUGUAAAAAUCUUCUCACUGGAAUAAUGUGAAUUUAUUCCAGCAUUAACAGCAGCAUUCUUGCCUUAACUAUCAUUGACAGUUUGUUAACUGAUGACUUUGUCAGAAAAUUAAAACUUGGGAGUGAAGUGG